AUGGCAAACUAUGUUUCAUAUGUUUACUAUCCUGUCCUUAUUGGUUUUCUACCAAUGACAAUCAUAUCAUUACUUAGUCUGUUAUCGUAUCAGAAUGUCCGACGAAUCAUCCGACGACGGAUUCCAGUGUUUCGCCGUCGACUUGACCAACAAUUAACAGGAAUGGUACUUAUUCGUGUCAUUAUUUUCGUGAUUUUAACUUUACCAUACACGGUUCUUCGAAUUUACACAUAUGUUGCAAAGAUUACUCCUUCGUCGAAUCUUUGUGCCUUUGCUAUUCAGAACUUGGUAUCAUCUAUUUUAGGAACAGUUUUGAAUUUGAACUAUGCAGUAUCAUUCUAUAUGUUUUGCGUAGCAUUUCGACGCCAAGUGAAGCAUGCUUUGAUUAAAAAAUGUUGGCGUCAAUGCAAACUAUGGUGUUUUUCUGGUAAAAACCAAAUAAAUCCGGAUGUAGUUAUGAAUACCAGGCCAAUUGAUUCUGAUGAGAUCAUCGACUAA